CACAAAACGAAUAAGCCACUGACUGCUGGUUAUCGCUUGUUGUGUGACAGAACAACAACAACGCAAUGGAACUGGUGCAGCUGCAACGCGCCGCCACCAUGGCGUGGGCCACGCAGGAGGAUGACCUGUUCGUGUGCGUGAGCGAUGCGGCUCGCAUGGACCCCACUGGCGCGGGAUCGGCCACACUUGAACUGGUGCGCCUGCAAUCCAGUGCGUCGCCGCUCGCCAUCGCAGCCACAACGCCAGCGCCAGAACGAGCGCAUGCCGUCGCAACAUCCAAGGCGUUUGGGCCGCAACAGCACGGUGCCGUCGUCUGUGGCUGUGAUGGAGGGCAGCUCAUCUUCUGGAGCAUUGCAGACUUGCUCGCGUCUGGCGCCGCCGCAGACGGCGUCGUCAAACCCAUGCACAUUACAUCCAGCCACUGCGGAUCGGUUGCUGCUGUGGACUGCAACGCCAUCAAUACGAAUCUGGCGGCCUCUGGCGCCGCAAACGGAGAGGUCUUCAUCUGGGACCUCAACAACCUCACCACACACUUCACCCCAGGGCCCAAGCCAUCGCCUGCGGACGACGUGUCGUGCGUUGCAUGGAACCCGAACAUCACCUCUGUCCUCGCCACCGCCGCCGCCACGGGUCGCUGCCACGCGUGGGACCUCAGGGCAAGCAAGGCCGCGUCGUCGUUCUCGUGCGGAAACGCAUUUGCCAUCCAGUCGGCUGCCUGGCACCCAACGCAGGAGUGGGUACUUGCGCUGGCGAGCGAGAGCGAUGAGCUGAGCGGCGUGCAGAUAUGGGACCUGCGCUUCGCAAAGUCCCCGACAACCAAACUCACUCCGCACGCAAAGGGCAUUCUCGGGUGCGCGUGGGACCGCACGAACGACCGGCGGCUCUACACAUGUGCAAAGGACAACCGUGUGGUGUGCACGGAUCCGGCAACAGCCGCAUCGUUUGCGCUGCCGCCGUUCCAGCACUGGGUGUUUGGUGUCGACGUACAUCCGCGCACAGGUCGGCUGCUGUGCGGGUCCUACGAUGGAUUCGUGCGUGUGUUUGACACCACCGAGUGCGCGUUCACAUCUGCAUCCGAGUCGCCCGCCGUCACUGCACAGGCGUCAACACAGCCCCCACAGACACCUGUUGCAGCCACGACACCAACAACCGCCGCCACCACCUCCUCUUCUGCGCUUCCAUCAUCGUCGUGUGCGCGCGCACUGGCGCCCGUGGUGGCGUCGUUUGGGUUUGGGGGGAAGCUCGCAGUCACGUCCGCACACGCGCGCACAACCACUGUCUACCAGCGCUCUGAUGACGAGGCGUUGGCUGCGACUGCAUCGGCGCUGGCGGCCGCAAUUGACAGCGGCAAUGGUCACGAACUCGCCAAUUUCUGCACCCAGCGCGCAAAGGCAGACCAAGCAGGGGCUGCGAAUGUGCUGUGGCGGGCGACUGCAGCGGUUGUGUCGUCGUCUCCGCGAAACGAGCUCUUGCACAUCCUCGAAGACAUGCACGACCCGCCCGUGCCGGCGCUCGAGGACGUGACGGGGGCGGAGGCGGGGACAUACACGCCGCCCGCACCGCCAGCAUCGGUGGCGCCGGAUGUGGCAACAGUGCACCCGCUGACGACGGGGCACGACUCGCUCAUCAGCAUCGCAUCGUCGCACAUGCACGCGCACACGGCAGACGUUGGGAUGGUGCCGUUCAUCAGCAGCACCCCUGCAGACAGCCCGCAGGGCAGCACGCACACGCCGGGGCACAGGCGCGGCUUUGACGGUGACGACGACGACCAUCACAGCGAUGCCGGUGAUGAAAGCGGCCGUGAUGGUGAUGAUCACGGACAUGGCGAUGAUGAGGAUGAUGGGGGAGAGGGCGGAAACAGCAACAUCAACGGCCACCACCGCAGCCACAAUGGUCACCGCCAUCAACAUCAACAUCACCACCAUCAUCACCGCCAUCAUCAUGGUGCGCGCGUUGAGGAGGCGGUGGCAUCGGCGCACGUGUGCACGGGCAACUUGCCGGCUGCCAUCGAUGCCUGCAUGCACGGGAACAACAUGGCAGACGCGCUUGUACUGGCCAUCAUGGCUGGUGACGAGGAAGUGUCUCGCGUGCUCUCUGCGUACGCGACCACCGCCACCACCGCCACCUCGGCCCUCAUUGCGUGUGUGCAGCAGCGGCGCCUGCACGACCUGGUCCGCUCCUGCCGCCUCCAGUCGUGGUCGCACGUGCUCGCCGCCGUGCUCACAUACGCCGACGGUGAGGCCGUCGCUGACCUUGCCGCCGCCCUGGCAAACAGACUCGACCAGCAGCCGACCGUCUCUGCAAAGGUGGCUGCGUGCGUGUGCUACAUUGCUGCGGGCAACACCGCCGGCAUCCUCGCCACGUGGGAGGCCGUCCUCCUCUGCACAGCGCCGUCACCGUCCUCCUCCGUCGCAUUUGACAUUGCAAUCGCUGCGGUCGCCGUCAAGCAGGCGAUCACCAUUACUCGCGGCCGCGCCCCAGACGUGAAUGCGGCGUUUGU